AUGGUUUCAGCUCUCACGCAACCCGGCUUAACCUCGGCACCCCGAUCAUCAGCAGAACCCUACCCCGGGAUCGAUGCGACUCUAACCCAACACUUUAAAGGUCGUCCUGUCGCUAAAAAAACAGGGUUAAAGAUGCAGUGGACCCCCGAGCACAGCCAGUGGGCCGAACAGCAUUUCGACAUCUCCUCCACCACGCGCUCACCAGCCCACAAGGCUGAGGCCUACAGGGCGGUACCUGGCCACCUGCAGCGCUCCGCCUCAGCCUACCAGUAUGCAUGGGCCAAUGAUGACAUCUCAGCCCUCACCGCCUCCAACCUGCUCAAGAAGUAUGCCGAAAAGUAUUCCGGCAUUCUGGAGAUGCCGGGUGCCUAUUCUGAGGGCCCGGGGGUGAUGAACGGACGGAAAGGUGAAUCGGAGCCCUGGCAGGAUGGCGUCUAUCCCAUGAGCUGUAUCCCAGAGGGGGUGUCGGUCAGAAAGGGAGGGGUGGCGGCAGCUUCAGACGUGGUGGCUGGCAUGUGCAGCUCCCCGGGUCUCGCCUCCAGCACCCUGAGCGAGCCCAGCUACUCCAGUAGCAGCUGUGGGAGCCACACUGCCACCGCCCUCCACACCUCCUCCAUGCCCUCUCAGGAAUACGGCCCGGCAUACAGUGGCUCCUACCUGCACAGUAGUUACAGCUCCCAGUCUGCCCCCACCCCUGCACUUCCCUCCCCACUGCACAGCUCUGGGCUCCUGCAGCCGCCCCCUCCACCGCCCUCCCACCCCACUUUAGUCCCAGCUUACAACGGAGGCUCCCCCAACUUGUCUAGUUAUAAUUACCCCCCAGCAGGCUACCCGGCCCAGAGCUCGGUCGGGCCAGGAUACAGCCCUGGGGGAGCACCCCCUCCCUCCUCAUACCUCCCCUCAGGCAUCGCUGCACCUACACCCCUUCCCCCAUCUUCUACUUUACCUGGAUACCCAUACCAGAGCCACAACCUGACCCCAAUCGCCCCUACCCCUCUCAACAGUAGCUCCUCCAAUUCACUGAAGAGGAAAGCCUUCUACAUGACCGGCCAAGGAGAUAUAGACUCCGCUUAUGGUAACUUUGGCUACGGCCAGGCUCGGAGCUCAGCUGAGAGCCCCAUGUACAGGAUAGCAGACAGCAGCAGCGCAAAUGGAGGCUCCAACAGUGCCAACGUUGGUGGAUUUGACAGGAGUGCUGAAAAGUCAUCUUUACCUUUUAAUCCUCAGAAGCAGUCCACAAUGCCGUCAGAGCAGCAGAGGAAAUACAGCAGCCAGGCAACAGGUGGGCCACUGACUCCACCAGCCUACGUCACCUCCACCCUAGGGGGUUCCCGCUCAGCAGACUCCCUCGCCAGCUUCACCUCCCCCUCCCUCAGUGAGCAAGGUGCUGAUGAUCACCGUCUCCACCUCUCCCACUCAGCACCAGGGCCUACCUCCUCCUCGUCCUCUUCCUCCUCCCGGCCUGCUGAAGAGCAGCUAAAAACCAGUGACCCUCACCUCUUAGACAUGGUUACCUCUGAAAUCGUUCAGCAGGGUCCCCCAGUGGAUUGGAGUGACAUUGCAGGCCUAGAACUGGCUAAGGCAACCCUGAAGGAGGAGGUUCUGUGGCCCAUUCUGCGCUUGGACAUGUUCAGCAGUUUAGGACCGAUCCCACGCUGCGUCUUGCUGUUUGGCCCCAGGGGCAGUGGCAGGACGUUGCUUGGUCGCUGCCUGGCCAGCCAGCUGGGAGCACCAUUCCUCCAGCUCAGCGGUUCCACUUUAGCCACCAAGUGGCUGGCAGAAGGAGAAAAAAUUAUCAGAGCAUCUUUCCUGGUGGCUCGCUGCCGUCAGCCGUCAGUACUCUUCAUUAGUGAGGUGGACAUGCUGCUGUCAGCUCACCUCAGUGAAGAGAGUCCCAUUAACCGGCUGAAGGGGGAGUUACUUGCCCAGUUGGACUCGCUUCUAAUGGGCUCAGGCGAGGAUGGAGGCAACCAAGUGUUGGUGGUUUGCUCCACAAGCAGACCCCAGGACAUGGACGAAGGGCUGCGCAGGUACUUUGCUCGGAGGGUCCUGGUACCCCUGCCGGACACUGCAGCCCGACACCAGAUCGUGAACCAGCUCCUGGUCCAAUCUCAACACAAGUACUGCUUGAGCGAGGAGGAGCUGGCGCUGCUGGUCCAGCGUACCGAGGGUUUCUCCGGACUGGACCUGGCCAGACUCUGCCAGGAGGCCCUCGUAGGUCUGUUACAUGUCUCUGCACAGGGCAUGGACAUGACGGGUAUGAUGCCCAGGGGCCAGAUCAGGCCCCUCACUUACCAAGACUUUGAGAGUGUCUUUUGUAAAUUCCAAGCCAGUAUAUCGCAGAAGGAGAUUGACACGUACACUGAGUGGAACAAAAUGUUCGGCUGCAGCCAGUGA